AUGGCUGACCCAAACGAUGAGCCACUAAGCUUACUGACAAGGAUGACGAGCACCAUGUCGAUGGGACAUACCCCCGAAGCUCGUGUAUUGAUUGUCAUGACCGGAGGUACCAUUUGUAUGCAAAAGUCACCAAAUGGCCUGGUACCAGCUCGGAACUUCCUGGAACGCUGCAUGGCUCCAAGACCAGAGUUCAAUGAUGGGGAGCCACAUGAACCCAUUGAGGUAAGGUUUCACGACGGUGCCGACGGAAUGGGCGAGCUUCACAGUCUCCGUACUCCAACGAGUGUCUACGGGAAACGCAUCAGAUAUGCAGUUCUAGAGUUUGAAGAGCUACUAGAUUCGUCAUCCAUCGACAGCAAGGGUUGGGCGGAGAUUGCGCAGACGAUCUUUCGCAACUACAGGUUGUUCGAUGGAUUUGUUGUCCUCCACGGUACGGACAGUCUAGCUUACACUUGUUCGGCCUUAAGCUUUAUGCUGCAGAACUUGGGCAAGCCAGUGAUUGUUACUGGUUCCCAGGUUCCGUUUUCGGAGAGAAAGAACGACGCUCUCGAGAACUUGCUUGACUCGAUGGACAUAGCUGGCCAUUUCAUGGUCCCGGAAGUGUGCCUAUGCUUCAACUCGACCCUGUUUCGAGGAAACAGGACGACAAAGAUCUCUGCAAGUGCCUUUGACGCUUUCGCAUCACCCAAUCUUCCACCUCUUGCCACCAUCACUGCAAUGGAUACCCAUGUUGCAUGGAAUCUGGUGACCAGGUCCACCAUACUACAGCCGUUCAGUAUUCAGAAGGAUCUCCACAUCCAUUAUGUUGCUUGCCUACGAAUAUUCCCCGGCAUCAAACCCAAGAUGGUCGAGGCCGUCUUGCGAACGGAGGACCUCCGUGGGCUGGUUUUGGAGACUUUUGGCGCUGGAAAUGCGCCUAGUGGUCACGAUAACAAGCUUACACAGGUUAUCGCCGAAGCCGUGCAGCGUGGGAUUGUGAUCGUCAAUAUCACUCAGUGUUUGACUGGCAGUGUAAACCCACUUUAUGCGCCUGGUAUGGUUCUUGGGCGUGCUGGAGUUGUGGCAGGUGGCGAUAUGACGACCGAGGCAGCUCUGACCAAGCUAUCGUAUCUUCUUGCUCUUCCAGGGGCAACGCAAGAAUCUGUCGCCAAAGAUAUGGCCAGGUCGAUACGGGGCGAAUUGACUGAGAACGCGGGCACAAUCUUCAGUCACCCUACCGGAGAGCUCUCAUCGCCAAUUACUCAACUCACCGCCAUCGCAUAUGCGAUCGCUAGUGGCGAUAUUGAAAAAGUCAAAGACCUGUUGCACAACGAUAAUCAACUCAUAAAUCGUGCGGACUAUUCGGGAAAUGCACCCAUCCACUUAGCUGCCACGGGGCCGAGCCUUGCGGUGCUUCGGUUCCUCCUUCGCCUAGGUGCAUCCGUUCACCUUCGAAAUCAUACUGGGUCUGGGAGGACACCGCUCUUUCUAGCUGCAAAUGCAGGCUUGCUCCCUCAUGUGAUGCUGCUCCGUCAGGCGGGAGCACAUCUUCAUGCAGAAGAAUUGGAUACUGCGAGGUUGCACGCAAGCCAAAGGCCCGAAAUCUGGAAUGCAACAGGAUUAGAAGGCACUUGA